GCACCGCCAUCUUGAAAGUGUAAUUGUUGUCAUGUUUACGUUGUAUGUGGAUGUUAGAAAUUGUUAUUUCUAAUAAAAAUAGAAAUAAUUUGAUGUACCUGAUCGGAUAAAGUGAACUGGCACGAUGUUUUACGCACACUUUGUGCUGGCCAAAAAGGGCCCGUUGGCCAAAAUUUGGCUGGCAGCUCACUGGGACAAGAAGUUGACGAAGGCCCAUGUUUUUGAGACCAACAUUGAAAAGUCUGUUGAUGGAAUACUAAAGCCGAAAGUGAAGAUGGCUUUGCGUACUUCUGGCCAUCUUUUACUGGGUGUGGUGAGAAUCUACUCUAGGAAGGCCAAGUAUCUGUUGCAGGAUUGUAAUGAAGCCUUCGUUAAGAUCAAGAUGGCCUUCAGGCCUGGCAUGGUUGACUUGCCGGAGGAGCAUCGAGAGGCAGCUAUGAACGCUAUCACUUUACCUGAAGUGUUCCAUGAUUUUGACACUGCCAUGCCUGAGCUAAAUGAAGUGGAUAUAGAAGCCCAGUUCUCCCUAAAUCAGUCUAGGGCUGAGGAGAUUACGAUGCGUGAAGACUAUGGUUCUUUGAAUCUGGUCACACAUGAUGAUGGAUUUGGGGAUAUGGGUUUUGAUGCUGACAACCCUGAUAUUAUGCGAGAGGCUAUUGGAAAUGAAGGGGGGUUAGAACAGAGCAACUUGCUGUUCGCCGAUGGAUCGUCCCUGGAGCUAGCAGGCAAAGAUUCUGUGGCCAGUACCAGCGCGGCCGGGGUACCUGCCUUGGCCACACCGGCGCACGAGCCCCGUAUGGAGACUGCGCCACACGGAGCUAUGGAUGACGGCUUUGGGGGAACUAUCGGCGAUGUCGGGGAUUUUGGGCAUGCGGGAGGUCUAUUUGAAGGGGACCUGUUUGGCGAUGUGACCGCUGGAAGCUCGACUGGUGGCACUGCCGCUGGGAUGCAGGGCACUUCGGAACAACCACAGUCUUUGCAGGCGGAGAUAGAAGCCGCGGGAGGAAGCGGACAAACGGAGGCUGGCGCCGCAGACGAGGGCGCCGAUUCAGAUGACGACAUGCCCCACUACGAUGCCCCACCUUCCCCCGGAUCACCCCCAUCACCGGGCACCAGUUGGGGCGGAUCUCCCGCGCACGAGCCGGAAACGCCGCGGUCGGACGACGCGGGCCUGAUGCCGCCGCCCGCCGUGCCCAGGCCUCCCUCGGUCAGGCCUAUGGAUGUGGAUGGUGUGGAUCCCGCUGAACCAGGAUGCUCCUCUUCAUCAGCUCAGCCGGCAGAAGCUCCAGCCACCCCCGCCCCUGCGUUGGACAACACCACUUUACUGCAGAACGAGGAGGAAUCCUUUGCAUUGCCGCCCGUUGAUACUACCGUACUCAAAGGUAUAACCAAAGCGAAACGCAAGCGAAAACUCAUCGUCGACGAAGUAAAGAACAUAUCUGGCGAAGAAAUGAAGAACCAACUAAGUAACACUUCGGAUAUCGUCACUACUUUGGACCUCGCGCCGCCAACGCGUCGAUUGAUGCACUGGAAGGAAACUGGAGGCGUUGAGAAGUUGUUCACACUCCCCGCUAGGCCCAUACCUUCGAGAGUUCUUUUCAAGAAAUAUCAACGCAACAUGACGCUGCGUACUGAUCCCGAGGAAGGUGAGGCGGCGAGUUCCCCCGGCCCGUCCGACCAGGCAGCGUCAAAACGCGGCGGAAGGAAACGAAGAAAUGAGGAAGCCGUUAACACCCCCGGCACAUCAGCACAAGCUACCCAAGACAUGGAGCCACCUACUCCCGUACCUCAAGGGUAUGAACCCUCGAUCGGUAUGCUGAGUUCACUCGGUGCUCCGCUCACUCCUGGCUCGUUGGGUCCUCUGACGCCGGGAACCUUGCUGCAGGGAGGAAUCACUCCGGGAAGCUUGCAGCAUGGCGCUAUGACCCCAGGAGGAUUAACACCUGUUGGACUUCACCACGGAGAACAACCAGAACUGGCCCUAAACGCUUUACAUGGAGGAAUGACGCCAGGAAGCAUGACUCCAGGCGGAAUGACUCCAGGAUUAGGGCUAGGAGGAUUGACGCCAGCGGGACUGGCUCACGGAGGAUUGACACCGGCGGCAUUACAUCAUGGAUCGAUGACGCCAGGUGGCUUAGACCAUGGCGGUAUGACGCCAGUUGGACUUCAGCACGGAGGAAUGACGCCAGCGGGACUUGUCCAUGGAGGCAUGACUCCGGGUGGACUUGUUCACGGAGGAAUGACGCCAGCGGGACUUGGACAUGGAGGAAUGACACCAGCCGGUCUCGCACACGGAGGAAUGACGCCGGCGGGACUUGGUCACGGAGGAAUGACUCCUGCGGGACUAGGGCAUGGUGGAAUGACGCCAGUGGGCCUUGGACAUGGAGGAAUGACGCCUGUAGGUUUGGCGCAUGGAGGUAUGACACCAGCGGGACUCGCUCACGGUGGAAUGACGCCUGGUGGAUUGCAACAUGGAGGCAUGACGCCAUCAGGUCUUCAACACGGGGGACUUCUCCAACACAGUUUGGAGCAGCUACCGAUGAUGCCGCAAAUGGGGGGUGAACAACACCCUCUCUUGGCGCAUUCGGUUCCCGCGCCACAUCAAACACACCACGACCUCAACACUGGCCCUAUGGAACCGUUGCCUAUGCCAUUGGACCAGGGAGACUACCAGAGUGGUAUGCAAAUGACGAACUUAGGCUACGAUGACCAACAGGGACACCAGAGUCCAGCGCACGACUACGAUUUGCCACUCAGUGUGGAGAAUCCGGAAGAGAGCGAGCGAGAGGCACGCGAGGCGGGCGAGACGGAAGAACAAUUCGAGGAGCGGGUGUUGAAUCGACGUGCAGCGCAACUGUUCUCAGCGAUGCGGCCCAAGCUCGUCACCGGUUUGGAACUGUCCUUCGCGGAGCUCGCGCCCAGGCAUAACAUUAGAAAACAGGUUGCGCAGAAAUUCUACAGUUUACUCGUACUCAAGAAACACCAGAUGCUCAAACUAAUGCAAGAAGAAACGUAUGGACCGAUAACAAUCUCAAAAGGCGCACAGUUCGAAACUGAAGCCAUAUAGUUAGAAUUAAGUCUAGAAGUUUCUAUAUUCGUAAAAGGGUGCACCUAUAAUUUAUAUGGAGAGGAGACGGUACAGCUAGUUUUACAAUCAGGUAGAGCCAAAAAUUUCGUGUAAGCGAUUCGAAUUCAUAGAAACUUUAUAUAGGACCAAAAUAAUGUAUUGCAUGUUGAUCUCAAAUCGGAUGCCCGGUAUAUUGUUUUGCAAAGUAAGGUCCACUUUAUAUCAGAGUUGAUUUUAUUUUUGUUGUUAAUUUUUGCAAUGUAUAGAUUUUCCCCUAGUAUAACUUACACAUGAUGAUGUUAGAUCUGAAUUUUGCGACAGUUUACAAUGCUUUUUUGGUAUUCAUAAAAGUAACUUUACAAACCUACAUUGAUAUAUGGAUCAGCCACCUAUAAUCACAAGCCAUUCUUUAAACUAAUUACAACUUAAUAACGGUUGAUAAAAGCCCAAACAAUAAAACUCAGUGAAUAUAAUGUUCCUUCAAGCAUUACCUUAAUAAAGUUUAAAGUAUUGCUUAAAGCUAAAUAUCAUGAUUGCAACAUUGACCCCAAAUUGCAGUACCCAUUCCGAAUACUGCUAAUCAGAAAAAAACUAUACUAGUUUCAAGCGCAGUAGUUUUUGGGAUAAGUGAUGUUAUCCAAAGUAAAUUUGACCUAAUAUUCCUCAUUUUUUGGUUGGUUGCAUACUGUACUGUGAAUAUGAAUACGCAAAAGCUUUGUACCCCUUUUUACGAACAAUGCGCUGACGAAGGAAUAUGAAAUUUCCCACACUUAUAGCCUAUAUAGAGGAACGCAGAAUGCUUUUUUUUGUUUUUAUCAUGCAUAUAAAUAUAUUAAAUCAAUAAACACAGCAUUACACACUUUACCAUGUAUUUGAGACAUAAGACAAUUUUACAAUGUAAUCUGUGAUUAUGGAAGUAAAAUCUGACAACUGAACCUUAAUAAUGUUCAAACUUAUAAUUUAAAUUAAUUAUGGUUGAAUUUCGACCACUGGGGGACCACUAGUUUGUUUAGUUAUGCUUAAUUGGCCGUGGAAAAUCCCACGACACUGAAAUUUUUCGAAGGAAACAAUAGUUUCGCUCGAAGAUGCAACACAGCAUGAAGUUGGUCUUUGAUGCGAAUUAUUGAAGUAAUACUUCUUUUGGCGCGUUAGGGAAAAAUGGUGAGAGUACAUUUUUACGAUGCGCGUUUUUUUCGCACACCGUCACGAAAAACCGACACCAUGAAGUUAUACUCAACAUUUUAGUUUUUCUAAAAAAGGUUUGACAGUUGACUUUCAAUAAUUCAAACAAUACCAAUACACACUUUUCAACGUACAAAGAUGGAAGAACAUUACUAAGUGUGGUAAUUAUGUUACUCUGGUAACUUAAAACCUUCGGUAUCGGAUCGGCACGCUGUGAGCAAUCGUAUUUUUGGGGUUCCGAAAAAAUACGGAGCCUUAAUCAGGUCAAUCCAUUGUUUGUUCUUCCGUCCGUCCUUAACCGGUCUCACUCUCAGACUUUGAAUUAUAAAGGCGUAACGUAUACCAAAAAAAGUCAUUGGUCUCUUAUUGGAUUUAGAAUUUAAAGCCUCUUGUCAUUUCAUGUUAAAGACUAUUUCAUCUAAGUGAAAUAGACCUAAUGGCUCUCGUUUUAUUGUAGGUACGAUUGAUUUUUGUUUUUAAAAAGUUCUGGAGUAUUGUGGACUUUGGUAACAAGUAGUCUAGGUACCGUUAAACAGGGUGAAUAGAUAGAUCUUCGAUAUUUUGUAAUAUUGCAGAAUUAAUACCCAACUUUCUAAGCCUGCAUUUAUUGAGUCUUAGGUCAACCUACUGAACUAUAUUUUAUUUCUAUUUGGAUAAAUUUAUUCUUUAUAAAAAUAAACCAUAAAAUACUCGAGAUUUCCAUUUAUCUCCCAUUAGGGGACAAUAGACGUUAUUCUCGCUUUGGGGGAGAUUGGAAAAAAAUCGUAGGGCUGCCUAAUUGUUGUUUCCCUAAAUUUUUUGACAAACUUGUCAGCUGCAAUUUACUCAUGUUUAUUAUUGUAAUAUUUAUAAUUUAAUGAUGUUAUAUUAAAUCUCUUAAGAUCCAUCCGAUAAGCAAACAAUGAUGUCUAAUUUAUUUUUGAAUUAAAAAACGUGUUUGAGGAAUCAACAAAAGUGGACUUUUCUUUACGAUCAGUGCAGUUUCUGUGGAAUUGAAUGGAGGAAGUGAACAGUGUUUUGUUUGGUGGACAAUAUUUUUUAGAUAUGUAGAGAAUUUGCCUUAAAUUUGUUUUUUGCUGUAGAGAUAAGUGAAAUUACUUCAUUGUUUCUUGAUCAGAUUUAUAAUGUGUUGUUGUUUCCAUACCACAGAUGUAUUUGGCAAGUAGCGUAUUUUAAUCUACUGUAAUAUACUUCUAAUAUAUUGUGAAGAUUUAUAAUAUCCGGCAGUAGUUAUAUAGCACUACGUACUAACUUGCGCCGAGGUCGAGUCUGGAGAUUCCAGUCGGAACUGUCCAAAUGUAAAUAAUUGGCUUACAAGAUUUUGUCGUAGCAAUCAUAAACACGCCAAUAUUAUUGACAACUGUAUCGUCUAUGUGCAUUGAAGAAUUGAUAAAAAAAUAUUGACAAUAAUAUUGACUGCGUGGAGUCAUAGUUUUUACUUCUGCACGGCUAGCAUGGGCAGGAGACAAUAACACCCCGGGGAAAGGAUAAAAAUUUUUCGUCUCCCGCAGCUUUAUUAACUCUCAGAGCACUGACGCACAAGUGGAAAUAAUAUAUAUGUAAUAAUAAACGGGGGUAAAUUUUUUCUAUUCCAUAUUCCUGUGCUUUAGCAUGCGGACACGCUUAUUAUAUCCCUUGUCAGCGGAUAUAAUCAGGGGAUAUAAUUUUUGUCCCCUGCCCGUGCUCUAGCCCUGCUGGAUGUUAUGUUACAUGUAUAACCGUGCAUAUCUGGUUUGAUUGUACUACAUUUGUUAUAAGUUAAGAAGUCCUAAACGAUUUGCCGUAAUGCAAAACUAACUCAACAUUUAAGAUUACCAACAGUAUAUAGCUAUUUCUCAUCGUUUAGAACUGGUUAAUAAAUAUCCAUUUUCUCUUGUACACCACCCAAAGAGGGUGUAGAUGUCUUUGUUUAUUUGAUGACUUCAUCUGUAAAUAACAGUUCAUCCCUUGACGUGAAUACAAGACAGACUACGGAUAAUUGCACCACCCAAAAUUAUUCAUCAUUAUCAGUCUGUUUUUUGUCACUGCUCCUAUAAUGCGGAUUGGUAGGCUAUACAAUCACGAUAGUUGAAGUGGUAACAACUGCUGGCUGACUGACCCGAGGUCUGAAAGCUCCAGAGCAACUGAUCAUUUCCUAAACGAGAAACUUUACUUUAUGAACAGCUUUAAUCAAUACUUUAAUUUAUUAUAUGUACAUAAUAUAACCAGCAGUAUCAAAGAAUAGAUUUAUCCAUCAAGUCGGAUGUCGUACUGUCUCAUUACUCUUUUGUACUAUUCUUUAAUAGCGCGGGUUAUGAUUAUUCAGUGGUUAGCUGUACGGCAAAUCGUUUUUUAAGACGUCGUGUUAAAAUUUGUUUUAAUGUUAUCAACCGUUCUCUAUGUUAAAUUAUGGUGUAGUAAUAAUAUUAUAUAAGAUAUACUUAUCAAGUCUUAUUAUAUACUUAAGGUGGCUGAAGGGAGGGCAAGAUUCCUAGUGAUAACAAGUUUGAAUAUUCUAAAUACAGAAGAUAUCAGUUUUUGAAUGUAAUUAAAAUUUGUACAAGUAGAAGUAAGUUGUAACUGAUGGGAAACACCAAAUAGAAUCAUGAAAACAUCGUCUAUUAUGAGAAGAUAAAAAAAUAUAUUUACAUGUUUAUACAAGGUUGUCGCGUGCAAGAUGUGUGAAUGAGUUCUGAAUAUUAUGUCUUAAACACUUAUGGUAGUUUGAAUCGGUAAACCCAAAUUGCAUGGAUUCCAUACAAACAAUUGGAUUGCAUUCAUUUUGGUUUAUUUUUGUCUUCAUACAAAGUUGUGUAAAAAAAUGAUAGAGCAUUAAGAAUGCCUUGACGUGUUUAAGAAAUUAAGCAACAUUUAUGUUUAUUAUAUAACAUAUCUAAGUGUGGACGUCCGUUGUGAAUCAAAUUGACUUCACAAUGUCGCGGACGUACACACUUAGUUGUUUUCAAGUAAAUUUUUUGCAAUAAAACUGUUGAUUGAAAAAAUACA